AUGACUGGAACUGACACGUCCAAACGGCUCAUAUACCUACAAGCAGCUGUUGCUUGGGCAGGCGGCCAGGAUAGUAAAAUGCUGGUUCGCGUUUUAUUGGAUGGAGGCAGCCAGCGCACUUUUGUGACCGAGCAAUUGGCUGAGAAACUUAAUUGUCAAGUUCUCGAUCGCGAGUGUCUCACAGUAAGACAUUUUGGAGGGCAUCAUGACGAGAAGACUUUCCGACGAGUGUCUAUCACUCUGAGUUCAGUGCAUAGUUGCAAGACACUGUUGAUCGAAGCUCUCGUCACGACCAAGAUCUGCGACCAAUCCAUUCCGCGACCGAGUGGAGACUUUACUGACAAGCUCGAGCACCAAGGUUAUUACUUCACCGAUAACGAUCAAGCUGAAAGCCCAAAAGCUGUCGAUGUCUUAAUCGGCAGUGACUAUUACUGGUCAUUUGUCACGGGCAACGUACGGAAUUUGGAGAAUGGACUUAAAGCUCUCGAGACAUCCUUAGGCUGGACUCUGCACGGACCAGUAGCCUCUUGUGCUACCGUCACACACUGCAACGAGACAAUGGUACUGAAAGCGGCAAUGGAAGAAUUUAAGAUCACCACAGAUAAUUACUGGGACCUAGAAAUUAUGGGGAUUAAACCCGAGGGACAUAACAAGACACAGGACGCAGACCCAGUUUUGGACUUCUUCAAAAACACAGUCAAGAUGGAGAAUCGUCGCUACGUAGUUUCACUUCCAUGGAAACCGACAAUUCUCAACCACAACAAUCGAGAAAACGCACAGACGCGUUUAAAUCAACUUCUUCGAAAGGUACGCCGAUGCCCUCAGCUUCUGCAAGAAUAUGAUGCUGCCAUACGUAAAUACGCCAACGAUGGUGUGGCCGAGAAGGUCACUGACGAUAAUACAGAAAACCCAGUGUAUUAUAUGCCACACCAUGCAGUAGUCCGCGAGGACCGUACUACAAGAGUAAGGGUGGUCUUCGAUGCUUGUUCACAUGAAAAAGGAGAGCUCUCGCUCAAUGACAGCCUGUACUCCGGACCAAACCUCAAUGCCGAUCUCAUAGGACUGCUACUUCGCUUUAGAAAGCAUCGCAUUGCUUUAGUAGCAGACAUCGAAAAAGCGUUUCUGCAAAUAAGCAUCACCAGCACAGACCGAGACGCUUUGCGCUACCUGUGGUUGGAGAAAGCACCCAAGCCAGAUCAACCGUUGUCUAACGUUGGCAUCUGGCGUAUGACCAGAGUACCAUUCGGCACGACCUGUAGUCCCUUUCUUUUGGCGGCGACCAUCCGUCAUCAUCUGGAUCAAGCGUCGUCUGCUUACCCCGAAACUACAAAAAGGCUGUGGGGUUCCAUAUACGUUGACGACAUUUUAACAGGAGUGGACUCCGUUGAAGAGGCGUCCAAACUGUGGUCAGAAGCCACCGAAAUAUUCACAAGUGCCUCUAUGAAGCUCGACAAAUUAUCGUCAUCAAACCGAAUUACCAAAAUGGACGUCUGCCCCUUGCCUCGCAUUGACAACGCCCUGGAUUGUCUCCACAGUGCCAACUACUUCUCAUCAAAAGACCUUCGGUCUGGUUAUUGCCAAAUUUCUGUGGGUGAAAAAGACCAAGAGAAGACGGCGUUCGUCACCCCUGAUGGUCAAUACGACGAACAAGACGCGGGGGCUGACGGCAACCAUGUGAAUGAGGAGCCAAAAGACGAGCCCCAAUCCUCUGGCCAGUCCUGCAGAGGGGAAGCCUCCUGA